AAAGCUGACAAUCUCACUUGGAGCAGUGCACAAUGUCACAUAAGAGAUUUCAUAUGCGCCUAGAACUGCAGUUACAUGCGCUCACCUGCCCGGGAGUCUGGCUGUGCUCACACGGCUAUUUGGAGGCCACUGUCAAGACAUUGGGCUACUAUUUUCGCACUGGCGCAAUGGAGCCACGUUUUCCCAUGCUCUGCCAUGAUCAGUUCACGAUGGAAGGUUACUUUAGGAGCGUCAACUCGCUGGAACAGAUGCGGCAGAUGCUCAACUCGGAGCAGCUGGAGAUAACAUUGUGGCAAAAUGGACGCCGGCUUGCCUACUACGUGGGCAGAUUAACAGAUGUACUGCAACCGCCAAUUCCCCAACCAAGCUGCGCUCACAUCGCCAACGUUCAGCUGCUGAUGAAGGCAACAUCCGCUUUUCCGGGCAUACUGGCGCCGAAAGUGGAGCUGUCCGCGGAACUGAGCACGCAGGACAAACAACGCCGACGCUGUAAACUGGCUCUGGAGCGGCCACUAAACAAUCGCCAUGUGGAGAGCCGCUGCCUCAGUCGCCUGGAGCUGCCGCGCAAGCAGCAAGCCGUGUGCCAUGCCAGGCAAUCGAAAUGCUGGGCCAGCAGUUCCAGCUGCAGCUACGCACCCACCAUGAGCAGUCGCAUGCCGCCACGCAGGCUCUCCACAUGCUCGAGCAGCACACAGCUCAGUAGUCAAUCGCAAACGCUUAGUCAGUGCUCCAGCCUGACGCAGUGCAGCCACAGAUCAGCUGUGGGUGGUGCAGCAGAGCAUCAGAAAAGCUGCCCCAUCUGUCAGGCAUAUAGCAGAUCCUUUGAGAGUUGUUAAAAGGUACAAAUACAUGCGCUUAUAUUUAAAGUGAACCACAUGGCCAGGCUUACAGGUAGACGGAGAAAUCGGU